AUGGCAGGUGGAGGGAGCGAGGCAGAGCCCUGCUUUGAGCAGCAGCUGGCAUUUCAGGAUGCUUGUUAUGAAGCAGUCAAGUUGCAGCGCACGUUUCGGAGCGCCCAGGGUUGGUGUGAGCGGGGAGGUGGGCAUCUCGCCUUCAUCCUCCGCCAGGAAACGCAAGAGUUUCUGCAGAAGAGUCUGGCAGCAGGCAGAGACUGGUGGAUCGGGCUGGCACCGUGGAAAGAGAACUUAACCCAGGAACGAACCAUCGCUGAAGGAGGUCUGGCCUGGCUAGAUGGUACCAAAUUAAGCUACAGUAACUGGUCUCCAGCACAUCGAUUGCCUGCCACGGCAGAGUGUGCUUUCAUCGCCAAAAACUCUGCCUACCACUGGCUCAGCACGCCCAACUGCAGCCAAGAGCUUUACUUCAUCUGUGAAUUUGAGUCUGGUCGAACACUGGCCUGUGAUCACGUUAACGCAACGUUGCAGUGCGAGUCAGGGAAGGUGAUUCAAAUUGACAACAGCUUUUAUGGCCGAAAAACCCUUUCUUACUGUUCCUCGGAGACUGCCUCUCCACCCGAGACACAAGAAUGCGGCUGGGUUGACGUGAGAGAGCAAGUGGCAGGUGACUGUCAUGGACUGCAGGUUUGCCAGGCUUCAGCUGACCCCACAUCUUUUGGAGAUCCUUGUCCGAGUCUGGGAAGCUAUCUUGUGGUGGAAUAUCACUGCAAAGAGGGUCUUCGACUGUUGGUUGACGAUUUGUACUCGCUCCUAGAAAACGUAACAAUCUCUCAACAGUGGCUGCUGCAUCCAUAUUCUGGGAAUCUCACCUGCACGCUCAGCACUGGAGACGGCUUUGUGAUUGACCCCUAUAAUCCGUUACACAAAGUGACCCACAGGUACAGAGCUGCAGGACUUUUCACCAUCAGCAUUGAAUGCUCGACUAGUGAAUGGAAUGUGGCCGCCCAGAAAACCAUCUCAAUCCAGGAGCCGAUUGGUGAUUUGGGGACGCUCAAGUGCGCCAAUGGUAACCAAUCAGCAGACGUUAAUAAUUGCAGGGCUCUGUAUGGAGAACCACUGUGGAUUCAGCUGGAAGUUGAAGAAGGCACAAAUGUGACCUAUGUUUUAUCAGCUGGAACUGCGGUCCUUCACACUUGCACUGUUCUCAGUGGAAAUAUUCCUCAGAAUGUCACCAUAGAAAGUGCCGCUCAGCACCUCAUUGGUCCAGGCACACAUCAGCUCAAAAUUCUUGCCAAAAACAAUGUGACAAUUCGCGAAGUAUCCCAGAACAUCACGGUUGACCUUGUGGAGCCAAUUGUGGGUUUGGAGGCUGUGUUAAACUCCGCUGUCCUGGAGCUGGGGAAAGAUCUCACUGUUAACAUCUCUGUGUCCCUUGGUGCUCCGAUUCAGCUACAGUUUGAAUUUAUUGGACCUAAUGGGACCUUUUCUGAAACAAUUGAAAGUCCUGAUGGAAAAUUAGGAGCUUAUAGCAUUCCUAUGAACUCUGAAGGGAUUUUCCAGGUUAAAGGGGAGGCUGUCAAUGCUUUCUCCAGCAUGAGUUUUAAUGCUGGGAAUAUCACUGUGAAGGCAAAUUCUUCUAUUCUGAUAGAGCGUGAUGUGGAUGAUGCCAUAGAUGAAGCUCCUUCACACGAGAUCAAAGCUGGAGCCAGACUAUCUCCAGUGGAAUCACGUGGUUCUGAAGAAAAUCAAAUCUCACAUCAAAAGGAUACACUUCAAGCUAUUAUUCAUGGCAGCGCUUUCCAGGUGGUCGAUCCUUUUACCAAACUUGUCUUGAGAGGGAAACAAUCGGAGGAUCGUGACAAAACCGACAAAAGAGCCUUAAUUUUCCAAUGGUCAUGUGAAGACACUCUAUUAAAAGUCACCUGCUCAGAAUGUACGACUUCACUGACGUAUAACUGGUAUAGAGUUAGCACUUCAAAUCAAGAGAUGAACCGGCAUUCUGCUUGUGUUAGCCAAAAACAGAAUGGUGUUCUGAAAAUAUUUACUUUAAUGAAGGAGAACACAAAUGUGUUGAUUUUGACAAGUGAGGAAUUGGCUAAGAUCACUCCAGUGUUAAAAGUGAGAGCAGUUGGUGUAAGUGAGAAUGGCGAUUACAGAUACAGAGAUCACACAAUCAGCAUGGUACCUCCACCACCAGUCGCAUCCUGCGCCAUUUCCCCUGAAGAAGGAUCAACGGUCACCACAACAUUCAGCAUCAACUGCAAAGUGAACUGCAACUCUGACCAACCUUGCAGCCUUUCAGACCUAAAAUACUGCUUCUACGUAAAACCAAAUAUUGCAUUGCACUGCGGAUCAGAGUCAAUAUUGCCCUCUGUUUACUUGCCACACGGAGAUUCAGACAAUAGCGACCAGCUGACAAUUACAGUCAUCGUCAGUAACAGUGCAGACACUUUCACCAGUGUCACUGUUAACGCUACGGUCCAUAAAUUCUCAAAUACUGAUAGCAAGAAAGAUCUACAGACGAUACUGUCAGAAAGCAUACAGGAUAUGUCAGAAACUAAUAGUUCUUUACUCAUCCAACUGUUUGAGUCGGUUUCUUCAGUCCUAAAUCAAGAGAUUAACACUGGAGACACGGGCAGCCUGACUCUGGAUGAUAGAAAACAGCUGAGAGAAAUGAUGCUGUUGAAUAUGUUCACUGUGGACGUCAUAUCAUUCCACACAGUCCUGGAGGUGUCUGAGGUUCUUAAACAGAUAACCCAUAGGCCUGAGGAACUGAACGCUAAAGCACAGCUGCAAGCCAACACAAUCCUCCUGAACAUGGCGAAAUCCUUGCUCACUCUGACUGUCGCGGAUGACAAAGACUAUGACAAAAGAACUAUUGCAGCAAAUUCCCUCUUCAGGACAGUUAAUGACCUGUUGGAAGCUUCAGAAGGAAAUGAAAUGCAAAGUAACUUGGGUGCAGAUCAGCAACGGGAAGUGUUGGAGAAUUUAUUGAGCACAAUCGAGCAUUUGCAGAAUGCAUUGCUGAUGGAAAAGCAAGCAGAGGAUGAACCAAUUAUAUUGAUGGCGCCCAGUAUAACCAUGUUCCUGCAGAGGCUUUCAGCAGACGGUGAGGAAGGGCACUCCAUAAUUAUCCCAAAUUCCACUGCUGCGAGCUUCACCCUCCCACCACUCUCAGCUCUGAAACUUAAGAGUGGCAUUGACACAGUGGACGUAAGGAUGGUGAGUUUUUCAGUGAAUCCUUUCACAUGGGCGAACAAGAGUGAAGUGAGUGGAACUGUGGGUGGUCUGACACUGACGUUGGUGAAUGGCACAGUCCAGCCCAUUAACGAACUGUCUGAGGACAUUGAGAUAAUACUGCCCAGAUUGGAAGUGGCCCACGAGAAUCAGACUGAAUUGAAGCUGAGAGGCAACCAAGUCGUUGUUAAAGUGAACGUGACCUCGGAGAACGCCACACUGCUGCUGCAUCUGGAACCAGAACAGGACAUUUCACUGCUCCUGUACCUGGGCUUUGAGUCAGAAGCUAACGAGACCAGCCCUCACCGAUCCACUCAAUUACCUUACGUGCAAUACGCUGGAGCUGCAAGAUAUACUUGGAUUCUUCCUCCGACAGAUCUGACCUAUGGAAUAGGGACGUAUUAUAUAACUGUGCAGCCUGACCUGAACUCUUCUGAUGUACACAACAUGACGCUAGCAUUCACUUCCUUUGCCACUCAGUGUGUAUACUGGGAUGAAAUUAGCAGCAACUGGAGUACAUCUGGGUGUCGUGUUGGCCCUUUAACGACUCCCACCAGUACGCAGUGUUUGUGCAACCAUCUCACCUUCUUCAGCAGCUCCUUCUUUGUCAUGCCGAAUACAGUAGAUGUCAGUAAGACCCUGGAGCUCUUCGCUACGUUCUCAAAUAACCCAGUGGUGGUAAUGACAGUUGCUUGUAUCUUUGCUCUCUAUCUUCUCGCUGUUAUUUGGGCGAGACGGAAAGACCAGCAAGACGUGGCAAAGGUGAAGAUGACCGUUCUCGCUGAUAACGACCCAUUUGCCCAGUAUCGCUAUCUGGUGACAGUUUAUACUGGACAUCGUAGGGGAGCUUUUACCACAGCUGAGGUGACGAUCACAUUGUAUGGUUCUGAGGGGGAGAGCGACCCUCAUCACUUGACUGAUUCGGAGAAGCCUGUCUUUGAGAGUGGAGGAGUGGAUGUGUUUCUCCUUGCGACUCUUUUCCCACUUGGUGAUCUCCAGAGCAUCAGAAUGUGGCAUGACAACUCAGGCUCCAGUCCUGCCUGGUACGUGAAUCGUGUAACAGUGCAUGACCUAGAAACAGAUCAACGAUGGUGCUUCUUGUGCAACUCUUGGCUUGCCAUUGAUGUUGGAGAAUGUCUCCUGGACAAAACCUUUUCAGUAGCAACUGAGACAGACCUGAAACGCUUCAGUAACCUGUUCUUCAUGAAGACUGCCAAGGAUUUCAGAGAUGGACACAUCUGGUAUUCGGUAUUCAGCUGCCCGCCAAGAAGUUCCUUCACAAGAGUUCAGCGUGUGUCGUGCUGCUUUUCUUUGCUCCUCUGCACAAUGCUAACAAGUAUCAUAUUUUGGGGGAUACCAAAGGAUCCUGCUCAGCAGAAAAUGGACCUGGGUAAAAUCGAGUUUACCUGGCAGGAAGUGGUGAUUGGCUUUGAGAGCUCCCUGCUUAUGUUUCCCAUCAAUCUGCUUAUUGUCCAGAUCUUCAGAAACAUCCGCCCAAAAUCAAAGGGCAAAGAGACGCAAAGGAAACAAGGCAAACAUGGCCGUAUAUCACCAUCUUCAUCGACUCCUUCCUCGUCUCCACCGAGCUGCUCGCUCACGCCUGAAGCUGUCAUAAAGGAUAUCCAGAGGAUAGCCAACUCGUUGACAAAAACCCUGAAGAACCCACUACCAACUUUUGAGAAAGAUUGUAUAAAAACAACAGAUAUCAACAUACUUCUGGCGUUGGUUGAAAAGAUCAUCUGUGAGCAAAAUAAGACUGACCGUGAAUUUUAUAAUGAGAAUCAUAAGAAAGCGGAAACUCUUAUCCUUAGCCUGGGAUCUGUUAAUUUACAAGAAAACCCCACAAACUCUGACACUGAGAGAGGUCUGAAUGAAAAGCAGAGACGCAGUGAUCACAAUCACUAUCUGUACCUGCAGCUCCAACAUGUGGAGAAAGAAUUGGAGUAUCUGGGGCCGGCCAGCUUCCAGAGCCCACACAGUUACACUCAGGCCGUCUGCCAGGUCCACAAUAUGAAGGACUUUCUGGAGAGCACCAUCCCAUGCUCCAAUUCUGCAUCAGACAGGUUCUCCCCCACCCCCAGUCUGUCAGGGAACAGUAAGAAGGAGGGUGUCUGUGCUAAAGGGCUGCCCUGGUGGUUUGUUUUUGUUGGCUGGUUCCUGGUCGCGGCCACGAGUGGUGUUUCUGCCUUUUUCACCAUGCUCUACGGAUUGAGCUACGGCAAGGACAACUCCAUCAAGUGGCUCAUCUCCAUGUCAAUCUCCUUCUUCGAGAGUCUUCUGAUCACACAACCGCUCAAGGUAUUAGGCUUUGCUGCUUUCUUUGCUCUGGUUUUGAAGAAAGUUGACGAGGAAGAGGUAGAGGAUGGCCCAAUUAACAACUCAUUAUCAACUACAGUGGGAGAUCCCAGCGCUCUGUUGGCGACUCGAAGAGACAGCAGCAGCAGUGUCUACCAGCCGCCUCCACCAAACGACGUCGAGAAAAUGAAGAAAGAUUCCAUAAAAGAGCAGAAAGUAUUCGGUUUGAUUCGGGAAAUACUCGCUUAUUUGGGAUUUCUUUGGAUGCUGCUGUUAGUUGCUUACGGACAGCGUGAUCCGAAUUCAUAUUACCUGAACAAAGCUAUCGGAAACAGUUUCAGUCAUGGUUUCGGUGACGUCUUAAGCUACAGCGAUUUCUUCAAAUGGGCGAACAAUACUCUCAUAUCAAAUUUAUUUGGCUCCUACCCAGGUUUUGUGACUGAUGGUAACUCUAACCUGGUUGGAUCAGCUCGUAUUCGACAAUUGAGAGUAAAGAGGAGUUCCUGCCCAGUGCCCGCAAAACUGAGGAACUCUAUGACAGAGUGCCACACUCAGUACUCUCUCAGUAACGAAGAUCUGUCUGACUAUGGUCUGCACUGGAACACAAGUGCGUCACAGAAUUCCUCGGACCUGGAUUCUGUCUGGCAAUACCAGAGCCAAUCGGAAUUGCGCAGUUUUCCCAUCUGGGGAAAACUGGCCAUGUACAGGGGAGGUGGAUAUAUCGCAGAGCUCGGUACAGAUGCACAGGACGCUUACAGAAUACUUCAAUAUUUGUUUCAGAACACUUGGCUGGACAUUUACACAAGGAGUAUCUUUGUGGAGUUCACAGUCUACAAUGCAAACGUGAAUCUCUUCUGCAUUGCGACAUUAGUAUUAGAGAGUAACGCUGUAGGAGCCUUUUUCACACACAUUGACCUGAAGAGCGUCCGCUUGUACCAGUACACAGACGGGCUGCACAUUUUUGUCAUUGCAGCUGAAGUGGCAUAUUUUCUUUUCCUCAUCUAUUACAUGGUGAUUCAGGGAAAGCUACUCAAGGCGCAGAAAUGGGGUUAUUUCAAAAGCAAAUGGAACCUACUGGAGAUGGCCAUUAUAAUGAUCAGUUGGAGUGCAUUUUCAGUGUUCAUCAAGAGAACACUUCUGGGCAAGAGAGACAUUGAUCACUAUCACAAUCACAGAGAAGGGUUUGUGAGUUUCUAUGAAACCGCUAUGGCAGACGCGGUCAUGGGUUAUCUGAUUGCCUUCCUGGUUCUCCUGGCAACUGUCAAACUUUGGCAUCUCCUGCGCCUUAACCCCAAACUCAAUAUGAUCACGUCUACCAUAAGGAGAGCAUGGGGAGACAUCUCGGGGUUCCUAACUGUCAUGAUAAUCAUGUUUGUGGCCUACUCCAUUGCAACAAAUCUGAUGUUUGGAUGGAGCAUGUCUUCUUAUAAAACCAUUUUGGAUGCUGCAGAGACAAUGGUCAGCCUUCAGUUGGGAAUCUUCAACUAUGAAGAGGUGUUGGAUUAUAGCCCUAUUCUGGGUUCAUUUCUCAUUGGAUCCUGCAUCAUCUUUAUGACCUUUGUGGUCCUCAAUCUCUUCAUUUCUGUCAUACUUGUGGCAUUUAGUGAAGAGCAGAAGAAUUAUAAGGCUUCUGAGGAAGAAGAAAUCGUGGACUUAAUGCUGAUGAAAUUAUUCAGCUUUUUUGGGAUUAAAUAUAGCAAGGACACGUGUCAGUCAGGAGGCUGAACCAAAGCACCAGAGUAUCUGUUCACAAUUUACAACUGAUAUCUUCUACACUGAUUAAUUUGGAAGUAAAGCAUUCAAGAAUGUCUUAAAACAAACAUUACAUUACAUUAAAGUAGGUCCAUGUUACUGCUUAUAUCAUUUAAAUUGGGUAUCUGGGAAUAUACAGGACCUGAGAGGGCUUUCGCAAUGUGUGUGAUUGGUCGCAAAAAUACUGUGUGUAUUUGUUCUGUCAUCAACAAUA